UCCGCCUCCCGGAGAGCCAUGUCGAAGGCGAACAGCCCGCCGGCUCACCCCCGCUUCGCGCACGCACGCAAGAGCUCCGUGGGUUCGCGGUGAGCACGCAGGCGCGGCGCCGCACAUGGCGGAGCACCUCCUCUCCACGGCCGUGCACCGCACCAUGCCGGGGAACUACGUCCGGCCGGAGGCGCAGCGCCCGCGCCUCGCGGAGGUUGUCUCCGGCGCGCCCAUCCCCGUCGUCGACCUCGCGUGCCCCGACCGCGCCGCCGCCGUCGCCGCCAUCGGCGCCGCCUGCCGCUCGCACGGCUUCUUCCAGGUCCUGAACCACGGGAUCGACGACGGGCUGAUCGCGGAGGUGAUGGCCGUGGCGCGGGAGUUCUUCCGGCUGCCCGCGGAAGAGAAGGCCAAGCUGUACUCCGACGACCCGGCCAGGAAGAUCCGGCUGUCCACCAGCUUCAACGUGCGCAAGGAGACGGUGCACAACUGGCGCGACUACCUUCGGCUGCACUGCCACCCCCUCGACCAGUUCGUGCCCGAUUGGCCGUCCAACCCGCCCGACUUCAAGGAGACCAUCAGCCGCUACUGCAGGGAGGUCCGGGCGCUGGGGUUCAGGCUGUACGCGGCGAUCUCGGAGAGCCUGGGCCUGGAGGCGAGCUACAUGGAGGAGACGCUGGGGGAGCAGGAACAGCACAUGGCCGUCAACUUCUACCCGCCGUGCCCCGAGCCGGAGCUCACCUACGGGCUCCCCGCCCACACCGACCCCAACGCGCUCACCAUCCUGCUCAUGGACCAGGACGUCGCCGGCCUGCAGGUGCUCCACGCCGGCCGGUGGGUCGCCGUCAACCCGCGGCCCGGCGCGCUCAUCGUCAACAUCGGCGACCAGCUGCAGGCGCUGAGCAACGGGGAGUACCGGAGCGUGUGGCACCGCGCCGUGGUGAACUCAGACCGGGAGCGCCUGUCGGUGGCGUCGUUCCUGUGCCCGUGCAACGACGUCGUGCUGGGCCCCGCGCGGAAGCUCGUCACGGAGGAGACCCCCGCCGUGUACAGGAGCUACACGUACGACGAGUACUACAAGAAGUUCUGGAGCAGGAACCUGGACCAGGAGCACUGCCUCGAGCUCUUCAGGACCUAGCUAGCCGCCGGCGCCACUCUUCUUCGGAAAAGAUGGGAUUGUUUGGUUGUUCGUCCUCAACGUUCUGCAAAUAAGGUGACUUUUCUGCUGUUUGUCGUUGCAGACGGUUUGCAAGAAGAUCGAAAAAGGAGUUUUGGUUACAAUAGCCCGAUUUCGGACAAGGUUCAUACUAGAAGUGGAAAGGAGUGUAGGAAUUCACAGAAUACAUGUACUAGUUCUGUUACGUGCGGUUACCAAAUACAUGUACUUUCCAGAACCAAUUUCAAGAACAGAAUCCAUGAAAUUUGCACUUCA